GUCGAUUCUGACUAUCAACUACCACCAUGGCCCUUGGUCUUGAUAGAGAAGCUGCACAGGAACGUCUUCUCAAUGGCACAAACACCGUGGUGCGCCGUGUGCGCUCAGCAUGGAGUGGCUUCAUAGACUUCCUGGGGCGAGACAAUGUUCUCGAAGUCGCUGUCGGUCUUAUGAUCGCUGCUUCGUUCUCUGGAGUUGUCAAGUCUUUAGUUUCUGAUAUUCUGCUACCGCCAAUCUCGCUACUUCCCUUCAUGUCCCACAAGAAUCUGCCAGAGAAAUUCUGGGUCCUGCGGAACGGGCCUACUGGCGACAAAGGUUACAACACCGUCAAGCAGGCUGCUGAUGACGGUGCUAUCACAAUGAACUACGGCGUGUUUAUGGAUAACACAUUUACCUUCUUGUCGCUGGGUUUUGUUCUGUAUGGCAUUGCCCAGCUCUAUGCAAUCCUGUCGAAGGACUCCAUCAUCAAACACACCGUUCGCUGUCCCUACUGCCGGAAGUACAUCUCCGAAAAGGCGAGACGUUGUGUCAACUGCACGAGCUGGCUGGACGGGCGCGAAGACCGGGAAACCAGUGCUUUAGCCAACAAUAACGACUAGAAAUUUCAGAGACUGAACUCCUGCUACGAUCCAUGCUUCGGAACGAG